CACAGAAAAAACCCGCCAGCGCAUAAUGACAGCUGGUUGUAGCUGCAGACCUUGAACAUCCAUUGUCUAUGCAGUCUUUGCAUGAUCCCACUCCCGUGAUACCCUCAUAAACUCCAUCUCACUCAGCAAUGCCCAGCUUCAAAGCCCGUAUCCUCAGCUGGAUCGUCUGGUGGUGGUUCAAGAGCACAUGGAGUUCAGCAGAGGGGAUCAACAACCGCAUCGCCAAGGAACGUCUUCGUCCCGAGCGUGUGCCCCCCAAGCACCUCUACAAGGAAUUCGCCGUUGAGGAGUACAAGAGAAAAGGCCACAUUGCGGAUUAUGUCGUUUACAUAGUCUCUCCAAAAACAGAGACGCCGACCCGUGGUCGAAUCUUGUAUCUCCAUGGCGGUGGCUUCGUCUUUGAUAUCACGCCUCAGCAUUGGGAGCUGGUGGCCCAGCUUGCGAGGCGUCUGAAUGCUACUGUUACCGUACCGAUAUACCCGCUUGGCCCUGAGACGUCGCUCAUGAAGAUGUAUGAGUUCGUGCAGCCGCUCCACGACGAACUCGCAUCGGCACCAGAUCGGACGCCGUUUUGGGUCAUGGGUGAUUCAGCUGGAGGAACCAUGGCUCUUGUCCUUACGCAAAAUGCGAAAUUGGCUGGUAGACAGACUGCGCAGAGAAUUGUGCCCAUCACGCCUUGCACUGAUUCCAGUCUCGUCAAUCCUGAACUUCACAAUGCAGCGCUCAAGGACCCAUGGCUGGACGUUCCUGGCAUCGCCGAGAUUACAAGACUCAUUUGUCCAGAGAUGGAUACCCAGCAUCCCAAUGUUAGUCCCAUCUACGGAGAUCUGAGACUACCGCCAAUGUUGGUGUUUGCAGCUGGCUUGGAUCUCUUGACGCCUGAUACCAAGAAGAUGGUUGAGAUGGCUAAGGAGCAGGGUACAAAGGUAGAGCUGGUGUAUGGAGAGGGCAUGAUUCACGUGUGGCCUAUUUUACCCAUUCAAGAGGGCAGGCAAGCUGUGGACAAGAUGGUCGAAUGGUUGGGAAUCAGUUGAUAAUUUCUUUGAGUGGGUUGUCUUGGGCUACGGCGUUGGGUUGGGGUUUUGAACGGCAUGAGGAUACCCCCAGUGAGACAUGAUGAUGAUGACGACUACUAUAUAUAAGAAUCAUAUGUUUAUGAUUGGGAUGGGAUAAGAUACAGGAUACUUUCAUAUGUCUAUUGCACUCAGACGACUUAUGGCUGCGAGUCCAGACGUGGCCACACUAAGGUAUAUAAAAACAGCUACAUACAUC